AUGGCGAACGAUUCUAAGCAGCCACCUGUUCCUGGCCUCGACGGAGAGCUGCUGCUGCCUGCAGAUGUACACGACAUCACUGAAGAAGGUUCGGACAUGACGCGCGACAUCUUCUUCGCCAUCCUCAAGGAGACACAAGACGGUCCUCCGCGUCCGAAGUCGCUGCCAGAUCAGAGCGACAUUCUGCACGAGGACAUCGGCAAGGCGUCGGACAUUGCGCGGCCCGGAGGGUUCCGUCGCGACCACGUGAUCGCCAAUUUAGGAGGCAACAGUCCGCACCUGCCAUCAUACGUACAGGACUCGUUCCUCGAAUCUAUUCAGCCCACGCCGGGCUUCCUUGAGUCCGCGUACGGAGACUUCAUCGUGGCCAAUCUCGGACUUGCAGACGACGACGAGUCAGAUGAGACAGCGACACCGCUCCUAACCCGCGCAUGGAAGCGCAGGCCGGAGAAGCAACAGCCUGGUGCCACCGUCGGGAAGACCGUGUUCACGAUCCUCAAGUCGUUCAUUGGUAGCGGCAUCUUGUUCCUGCCCAAGGGUUUCCAGAACGGAGGCAUGCUCUUCUCGCUAGCAGCAUUGUGUGUCUCCGCAAUACUGUCUACCUUCUGUAUGCUGCGUCUAACAGACUGUUCCAACGUGUUGCUACGUGCCGGUCGCACUAACGUGUCGUACGGGCUUGUGGGAGAAAAGGCCUUCGGUAAAGUAGGCCGCGUGGCUGUGAAUAUCUCGCUCGUGCUCUCGCAGAUCGGAUUCUGCUGCUCGUACUUGAUCUUUGUGGAGAAAAAUAUCGGAGAAGUUAUCUUAGCCGCCUUCGGGAUCCAGAGAACCACAGCGUCGUCAUCAUUGACGCUCAUUAUGCUCCAGAUCUUGCUGUACACGCCACUGUCGUGGGUGCGUCGCAUCGAAUACUUCGCGCUCACGAACCUGUUCGCCGACCUCCUCAUUCUAUUUGGCAUCGUCUACAUCAUCUCUUACACGGUGCAGACGCUGGAUGACGCGCCGGUUGGCAGUGCGACGUGGGAAAACUUUAACUCAACGAGCUGGGCCAUGCUCCUGGGUACAGCUGUCUACUGCUUUGAAGGCAUUGGACUGGUACUUCCCAUCUACGACGCCAUGGACGAUGAUAUCAAGCACAAGUUCCCACGCAUCGUCUCCCUGACCAUGUUGUUCCUCGUGACGCUCUUCUCGGUGUUUGCUGGACUGGUGUACGCUGCGUUUGGCCAGGAGACGCAGUCUGUUGUCACGCUCAAUCUACCCAGCGCCCAAGACAGCAUUGCUACCAUGUCUGUGCAGAUCACGUACUCGCUGGCGCUUGUGUUCACGUACCCACUCAUGCUGUAUCCGGUGGUAAAGAUCCUGGAAGGUUAUCUAUUCCCUCAUCACAGUCAAAAAGGUUAUUGGCGUUGGGAGAAGAACGGGUUCCGCUUUGCGCUUGUGUGUCUCACUGCUGCAAUCGCGUAUUUCGGCAAAGAGGAGCUGGACAACUUCGUGGCGCUUAUUGGUGGCUUCUGCUCCGUGCCGCUGGCCUUCAUCUAUCCGUGUAUGUUCCAUUCGAAGCUGGUGGAUGACGGUCGUACCUUGAACAACGUCGUCAUAGCACUGGGCAUCUUCACAAUGGUCUUUGCAACAUACCAGGCGGUGUCGACAUGGAACUAG